UCGCUAUUCGGUUUGAGGCCAAAUUUAGUUUGGCUCUUAUACGUUCUAGAGUGUUCCGAAGCAACCUUUCCGAUCAUCGAGCUCGGAGAUUCCUCUUGCGGCUUUCGAUAUGUCUUACUCUAGGAGACCAAGGUACUCCCGCUCACCAUCUCCAUAUGAACGACGUGGAAGGUCUGUCUCGAGGUCUCUGUCUAGGAGCAGAUCAAGGAGUGUAUCAAGUGAUGCAGAGAAUCCUGGGAACAGUUUAUAUGUGACUGGGUUGUCUCAUCGGGUGACCAAAAGGGAUCUGGAGGACCACUUUUCCAAAGAAGGAAAGGUGGUUGAUGUUAAUCUGGUUCUUGAUCCUUGGACUAGAGAAUCUCGAGGAUUUGGGUUUGUGACAAUGGAAAACAUGGAAGAUGCAAAUCGGUGCAUCAAAUAUCUAGACCGCUCUGUUCUAGAGGGUCGAAUCAUUACAGUUGAGAAGGCAAGGCGCCGUAGGGGACGAACUCCGACUCCAGGAAGGUACUUGGGUCUGAGGACUGCUCGUGGGCGCCACAGGUCUCGUAGCUACACCUCUCGUAGGUCGCCUAGCUAUUCCCCUCACAGGUCUCCUAGCUAUUCCUGUUAUUCUCCCAGUCGCAGCCGAAGCUACUCAUCCAACCGCAGCAGGAGUAGGUCAUAUUCCCCAAGUUAUAGGAGGACAAGAUCGUCAUACUCACCUUAUUAUAGGCGAGACGGAUCUUACUCCCGGUCUCGAUCUCCUGAUGUCUGUUAUUACAGGCGGAGGGACAGGUCGUACUCGCCUUACUACAGGCGCCGUGACAGGUCCUACACACCAUAUGACAGGCGCCGUGACAGGUCCUACUCACCAUAUGACAGGCAGAGGGACAGGUCCUACUCGCCUUAUUACAGGCACCGGGACAGGUCAUAUUCCCCAGAUGAUCGUUACUACAGAAGGAGCCGCAGGUACAGGUCGGUUUCAAGGAGUGUGACACCGCCACGGUCAAGGAGGAGUCACUCGAGAAGUGUGAGCCCAGUGAAGAAGAGCUCAAGGAGGAGAAACUAUUCACGCAGCAUUUCUCCUGACGAAAAGAGUUCAAAGAGGAGUGUUUCACCGAAGAGUAGAAGCAAGUCGAACAGAGGCAGAAGAUCUCGAGACAGCCAGUCUUCAAUGAGCCAUUCGAGAAGCGCGAGAUCAAGCACCCGAUCCGUCAGCCCGAAUUCCCCCAAGUCCGAGUGAGGAGUUGUAUCCAUGGAAGCACUCUCACCUUACAUGCCCUUCCGUGUCCAUCCCUUGUUACCACAUUGUCUGGCAUUUGUAAUAAUCUCCUCGCACACGUACUGUUGAUAAGGGACCGGUUAGGCGUAUGUAGUGUGUGCUACUUCAUAUCAGUAUUUGGUAACUCGCGUUGAUGUACGCUGUUAUGUUA